AGCUCCUGAAAACCGCCGGGAGCCCUCGGAGUGAGCGAAGGCCAUCGGGGAAAAGAAGUCGACGUUUCAACUCCCUUAUAAGUUUUAUUGUGAAAAAUGGCUAAGAAGACUUAUGACUUGUUAUUCAAACUGCUCCUUAUAGGUGAUUCGGGCGUGGGGAAAACAUGCAUACUCUUCAGAUUUUCAGAUGACGCCUUCAACACCACUUUUAUAUCCACGAUAGGUAUUGACUUCAAAAUCAAAACCAUUGAGUUGAGAGGAAAGAAGAUCAAGUUACAAAUAUGGGACACAGCUGGCCAGGAGAGGUUCCACACCAUCACCACGUCCUAUUACAGAGGGGCAAUGGGCAUCAUGCUCGUUUACGAUAUCACAAAUGGGAAGUCGUUUGACAAUAUAGCUAAAUGGUUAAGAAAUAUAGAUGAGAUUGCACGAGAGCAUGGCAUCCGAUUCUUAGAGACGUCAGCCAAGGCCAACAUCAACAUUGAACAAGCUUUCUUAGAACUUGCAGAAGCAAUCCUAAACAAGACACCGGGCCGCGACCCACAGGAAAAUCCCGACAAUGUUGUUCGUCCAGAUAAGCGGAGUAGGGAUGGAGGUGCAGCCCGACAGUGCUGUGCGUAAAGUCAUUGCAUAUUUUUAUCACAUAAAGGAGUCAGUUACACCCUGUAAGGACACCUCCUCUGCAGGAUUGUUUAAGAAGGCUCUCUGCAGAUGGUUGUUUCUCCGUAGGGCUUGUCUAUGAAACUCCUUAUGGCAGAGGGCACCCCAUGUUCUCUGCAUUAAAACUAACAUCACCGCAGACUCCCCACCUUAGACUAAUGCUCGCGGGGGAGGUGACGAUAAACAAGCACAGACUUUUUUAUGCUUAAUCAGUACCAUCUAUCUACACUGCACUCAGGGGAUGGAUUCAAAAGAUGAUAAGCUAGGAACCAAUAAUUGCAGGUUAUUGCUCAUGUUUACGUCUGAGUGUUGCUGUCAGAUGUGUCGGAGUUUGUCCCAGAAUGAUGUGAAUGUUGUCAGGAGAUUGAGAUAUUAGCCACCUAAUUUUGGUCCUUUGAUGGAAUCUUGGUACAGGAAGUUUUUUUUUCUUCUUCUAAAAACAAAAAAAUCUGUUUGUGUAUGCCAAGAGACUGUCAAAGAAGCAUGUGUAUUGCCUAAUGCAAGAAGAACCACUUCUCUGCGGUAACUAUCAUGACUUGGUGCAAUUGAAUUGACCUUAGAACUUUUGUGCACUUUAUGCCUUAUGAUUCUUCAGUGUAAGGCUUUUCAUAUGCAUGGAAAAAGCCUUUCGUUUGUGUUGACCUUACGUGGAAAUAAGUGGCUUGAAAAGGAUAUUUGUAUGUAAAGCAUAAUUUGGAUAUUUUUCUUUUUGCAAGAAAUGUUUUCAUCACAUACUUUUUGACCUUGCCAUGUGAUAUCCAAAAAUCACCUAAUCAUAUUUAUUUUAUUGAUUAUUAUUAAAUGAUUAUAGACUGACACCUUACAAUUACUCACUCAUACUUUUGUAUAAUAAUGAGGUAUAUUCAUAAUAAAUCUGAUUGGCUAAGCCCUAUAAAACUGACCUGUAUAGACAUUUGGAAAACCCUUUGGUAAUUUAAAAAUAUAUUCUUCAUGGAGAGGUGACACUGACUUGUGUUUGAAUGUUACAGAAAGUUUAGAAAGCUUGACUGUAACCUGGUUCGUUUGUAGGACACAUUUGUUGGACCUUUGUGUGGGUUUGGGCUUAACCUUAAAGGUUAAUAAGGAUAAAGUUUGAUAGAACUGGAUGAUAUUCAAAAUUGAAUUUUGAUUAUAGAUUUUUUUUCUGAUUUGUUUGUAUAUUGUAGUCAUAGGUAUUAUCAUUAUUAUUAUGAAUAUCAAAGAUCAAUAUCACUGUAAUUAAAUAUCCAAAACUGUUAUUGUCACACUUCAUAGUGCAGUAGCAUCUAUAAAAAAAAAAAGAAUAUCAAGUACAUCAUCAUGCCACUUUUCUCUAAUUUGUCACAUUAAAACCUCCUCUGUUGUCUUGGGUUAAGCAAAAAUAACUAGGGAGAAUUUGUGAUCACGAAUCCAUUUACUUCCCAGUUGUCAUUGGUAAGCUUUAUUUUUUAACCCCAGUGAUUAUACCAAAAGAAUAGUCUGGUAAAAUUAUGUUGAAAGAUAUUA